UCACAGAGAAGUGUCAACAGAAAGUCAUCAAGCAUGUGGUUGAAAGUGCUGGUGGUGGCAGCGGGAGUGUACAUUGGCCUUACCCUCACGGACAACAUUGACUCAGAGUUAAUCCGUGGGAAAAAUGUGAUCAUCACCGGGGCUUCCACUGGGAUAGGGGAGCAAAUGGCAUACCACUAUGCUCGGUUAGGGGCCAAACUGCUUAUCACUGCUAGGAGAGAACAUGUAUUACAGAAAGUAAUAGAGCGCUGUAAGGAGAUCGGGGGGCCAGAGGGGGAGUUUCAUUAUUUUGUUGCUGAUAUGGCAGACCUUUCAGCUACAAAACUUCUUAUAGAGCAUGCUGAGUCUGUACU